CUUGUAAUGAUUUUAUUACGACUUUAUUCUCGUCAGUAAUUACUUUAUUACAACUUUAUUCUAGUAAAUAAUGAUUUUACUACGACUUGAUUCUUGUAAUUACUUUAUUACGACUUUAUUCUCGUAAGUAAUUGCUAUAUCACGACAUUAUUCUAGAAAGUAAUUGCUUAAUUACGACUUUAUUCUCAUAAGUAAUUACUAUAUUACGACUUUAUUCACGUAAGUAAUCCCUCUAUAAUGACUUUAUUAUCGUAAAUAAUUACUUUAUUACAACUUUAUUCUUGUAAGUAAUAACUAUACUACAACAUUAUUCUUGUAAAUACUUUAUUACGACUUUAUUCUAGUAAGUAGUUACUAUAUUAUGAUUUAUUCUCGUAAGUAAUUACUUUAUUACGACUUUAUUCUUGUAAGUAAUUACAAUAAAACGACAUUAUUCUCGUAAGUAAUUACUUUAUUAAGGCUUUAUUCUCUUAAGUAAUUACCAUAUAACGACAGUAUUCUCGUAAGAAAUGAUUUUACUAUGACUUUUCUCGUAAGUAAUUCCUAUAUUAUGAUUUUAUUCUCCUAAGUUUUUACUUGAUUACAAUUUUAUUCUCGUCAGUAAUGAUUUAACUACGACUUGAUUCUUGUAAGUAAUUACUUUAUUGCAAUUUUAUUCUUGCUCUUACUCUAUUACAACUUUAUUCUCGUAAGUAAUUACUAUAUUACGAUACUAUUCUCAUAAGUAAAACUUUAUUACGGCUGUAUUCUCUUAAGUAAUUACUAUAUAACGACAUUAUUCUUGUAAGAAAUGAUUUUACUCAGCUUUUUUCUCGUAAGUAAUUCCUAUAUCAUGACUUUAUUCUCGUAAGUUAUUACUUUAUUACAACUUUAUUCUCAUAAGUUAUGAUUUUACUAUGACAUUAUUCUAGUUAUUAAUGAUUUUACUAUGACUUUUUUUCUUCUAAGUAAUUAAUUAUGACUUUAUUUUUGUAACUACUUUGUUUCCACUUGUAAGUUAUUACUUUAUUUCAACUUUAUUCUCAUUAUUUAUUACUUAGUUAUGACUCGAUUUUUGGAAGUAAUGAUUUACUACAACUUUGUUCUAGUAAGUAAUUACUUUAUUUUGACUUAAUUCUAGUGAAGAAUUACUUACGAAAGCAAGGCUUAAUUUCCUCGGUCUUUUUUUUUUUUUUUUUUUUUUGUAAUGUUGCCCUAAUACUCCGUUGUAAUUUUACAUCAUGUAAGAGGGACUAAGACUUUGGUAAAAUAUUUUAACAUUCCUUUGCUGUUUUUUUUUUUUUUUUUUUUUUUUUUUUUUCUUAAAGCACGAGACCUUAAGUGGUUCAACUUUUAGCAAUAAAUAUGAGAUAGAGGUAGAGGGAGAAGGAGAGGUAGAGAGAGAGAGAGAGAGAGAGAGAGAGAGAGAGAGAGAGAGAAAGUCAUUAGGAGAAUCUGGAGCAUUACGUCAUGUUAGCCCCCGCCCCUCCUCCCCCCUCCCUUUCGUCACCGCUGUGCAGCCUCCGCGCUCUGAUUGGCCCAUCAUCUGGUGGCCUAUAAACCCAAUUGGCUGGCCGGGAGUCAUCCAACGCGGACCUGAUAGAGGACAGGAGAGCGAGAGAGGGAUGAUUCCGAUAAAAGCGGCAGCAGGACUCCGUCCGACCUCAUCCGGAUCAAUUAAAACCUGAACGAACCGGUGAACCUGCUGGACUCAGCUGGUCUGAAUCAACCCGGACUGAACCGGACUGUCCCGGCGAGAGGUCCCAGAGUGAAAGAGCGGUGGAGCAGGAGCUCCAGGCGGAGGAGCAAGGUGAGAAGAUGGGCGUCUGUCCUCCAGGAGGAUUCAGACAGAGGUGUUGGUGUUAAAUGUGCAGAUUUUUAAAUGAGGUUUGGUUGGGGCGCUGUUACAAACACACACUCUGCACACAGCUGCUUUAUUAUCAGAUUACUCUAACUCUGAGCUCUGAGAUGUCUGUGCAGCUGUUACUCUGUGUGUGUGUUUUCGUGUGUGUGUGUGUGUGUGUGUGUGUGUGUGUGUGUGUGUGUGUGUGUGUGUGCGCGCGCGCGCGCGUGCGUGCGUGUGUGUGUGUGUGUUUGUCAUUAUGGGAUGUUCCGGGACAAAGCAGCGCGAAGUUUGGCAUCAACAAUGAAUCACCAUAGAAAGAGAGAGAGUCGCUUUUGGAAAUCUUUGAAUUUUAAGGACUUCAUUCCUUGACUGAUUCAGUGGAUAUGAUGUCUGUCUGUCUGUCUGUCUGGUUUUUUUUUUUGUUCCCUCCAAGAGAAAUGUUCUCAAACUUGUCUGACUCUGGUGCAUGUGUGAUGUCUGAACUGAACCAGAGGCACUUUAGUAGCUUAUGAAAACCCUUUUAAGUGCCUCGCUGUUUCUAUUUUAAGUGUCGAUCUGAAAACCAUUUUAGGUGUCUAAUUGUAACCAAUCUAAUAUUUUUAUUUUUACCAAUCUAAUAUAUUUUAAUGUUAGCAUACCUCCACUUACAAAAAUCAAUUGUGACCUUUUUUAGUGCUUAAGUACAAUGAUUUUUAGACUCUGUUACUGUUUUAAGUGCUGAUUUAAAACUGUUUGUAGUGUUAACAUGUAGACAAUUUUUAGGUCUAAGUCUGAGUCUAAGUUAAACUCUUUAUGUUCUAAACAGUGUUUAAAAGUCUCUGACUUAAAACUAUGAAAAUGUUUCAAUGAAGCCACUGGCGUCUUAUCGUAACCGUUUUAUUGACAAAUCUGCCUUUUAAAGGGCUGAUCUGAAAUCAUUUUAAGUGUCUAAUUGUGACCAAUCUAAUAUUUUUGAUCCAACCAUCUUUAAUGUUAGCAUGCAUCCAUUAUCAAACAUCAAUUGUGUCCUUUUUUUAGUGCUUAAGUACAAUGAUUUUUAGACUCUGUUACUGUUUAAGUGCCAAUUUAAAACUAUUUGUAGUGUUAACAUGUCACCACUUUUUAGGUCUGAGUGAAAGUACUUAAGAUUUAGGAGGUCAAUGUUAAGUGUUCAAAGUUAUCGUUUUUGGUUUUAAGUAAAACCAUUUUAGUCUAUUAUAAGUGUCUAACUGUAACUGUUUCAGCGUGUUGACCCUUUUUAGUGCCCAGAGAACUUUAACAGUAUCCAUGUCACUUUUUAAGUGUGAAUCUGUAACAGGUUUUUUGAGUCUAAGUUAAACUCUUUAUAUCCUAAACAAUAUUUUAAAAGUCUCCAACUUAAAGCUAUGUGAAUGUUUUAAUGAAGCCAUUUUGGCAUCUUAUUGUUAACAUUUUAACGAUAAACCUGCUGUUUAAAAUGCCGAUCUGAAACAGCGUCAACAUAAACCAUUUUAAAGAUAUGAUUAACUGUUUGAAGUCCCUAUUUGUCACUGUUUUAAGUGUCUUUUAUCACUUUUAGCCCAACUGUUCUCUUCAAGCGUCUCUAAUAGAAACACUUUAUCAUGUUUUGGCGAAGUAUAACCCCUGUUACUGUUCGAUGGAACCACACAGGCGCAUCGACUGGACCUUUAAGGACCAGAAGCUCUUGUACGAUCGUCUUUAUGUCUGUCAUUCUUAUGACUUCGCGUCCUCAGUAAAAAGUCGUCUUCUUCGUCACGGCGGCGUCUUCCUCUUCUAACCUCUCAGCUUCCACCAUCUUGACCCCGGCUGACCUCAGUGGAGCUUUAAGCUCAGUCUCACAGGCAGAGGUGGAACAUUAAACUCUUUUAUUGAGGUGGAGACUGAUGGUCCUCAGGUGAGGUCUGCUCUGGUUCUGCUCAGGUUCUGCUCAGGUUCCGAGCUCCCUCCCUCAGCUGGUUUCUCCUCUCUCAGAUUUUCUUCGGUGACCCCUUGUGUCUCACUUUCUCUCCUCGCCCUGUCUCUUUCAUGUCUUCCUCUUUUCCCCCCUCUUCUUCCUUCCUUCCUUCCUUCCUUCCCCUUUCCUCUCUCCUCCUCUCCUCUCUGUUUUUUCCUUUCCCCAUGUUCUCCUCCAGGUUGUCCUCUUCUAUCCUUCACUUCUCUCCUCUUCCUUUUUCCUACUGUCUCGUCUCCUCUCCCUCUUAUCUUUUCUCCUUUUUGUCUCCUUUCCUUUUCUCCUUUCUUUUCUUUGUUGCUUUUCCUACUUUUUCUAGUCUCCUGCUUCCUUUCUGUCCCUCUGUUUCCUUGAUUCCUUUCCUCUCCUCCUUUGUUGUCUUGUGUCUUUCCUUCCUCUCCUACUCCUGUCUCCUCUCCAUUAUUACUCCUCUCUCCUUCUCAUCUCCUUCUUAUCUCCUUCUCUUCUCUCCUCCUCUGCCCCCUCGUCUGUUGUCUUCCUUAUCCUCUACCAUCUUCUCUUUCCCCCCCCCCCCCGUCUCCUCGGUUCCUCCCUGGAGGAGCGGCGUUCCGAGCAGCGUUCAGAGCCUCUGUUAGAGCGUUGUUCAGAUGAAGAAGAAGGGAAGUCGGAUGAGUUGAGUUGUUGUUGCGUAAUGAAUCUUCUGAAACUCUGGGAUGAAACUGGGUCGCAGAGUUUCUUCACUUCACUUGACUCGUUUCACAUUCAGAGGGUUUCCACGGUAACAAGCACCCUCCUUUAUGCAACCACUUCUUCCUGACCUCCUCAACUCUCGGCUAACCGUAGAUUUUUCCCCUCUCUUUGUCACGAUGAGCUGCCUUCAAACACGGGUUUGAUCUGGGACUCAAACCUCUGAAUGAGUGUCGAGUCUCUACUUGUGUCUGUCAGGAAUGAGUCAACGAGUUGAAAUCAGCCACUGAAGACCCCGACCCUGAGUGUUCACAGUGAAUCUGAGACUGUUCUGAUAAAUCUCCAUAAACUCAGUAAAACAAUUCAGAGGAGACAGGAGGAGAUCUGAGGAGCAGCCCGGGCGACUUUAAUGAAGAAAUCAGUCCAGAUGACAGAGUCUUGAUCAGACCAAAGGAGACGAGCCCCAAGCUUUCCUCUCACUCACUCAGUCCAUUUACAUGACACUCGAGAAAACUGAAUUAUCGCCUUACUGCAAUUAAGACCGGACAACUGAAGUGCGAUGCAAUUUUGCGACUUUCGGGGGGGGUUAUGGAUUCAACUAUAAUCCAUAAAUGUAAGGUAUCAACUGAGACCUAAUGGCGCUGUGACAGCAACACUGUGAUUGAGUUUGAGACAGUGAAAAUACAUAUGGUAUGUUGUAUCUGAACAGGUUAGCUUACAAGCUAAAGUUAUUUAGCACAGAUCAUCACAUGAGAGAUCCGACGCUAUGACUCUCCACAAGUUGUCCUUUAGGUCGUUAUCUUUGUAAUAUUUGUGUUUUUUAUCAAAAAGCACUCUGUUCUCCGACACGUAAACAAUGAGCCGGUCGGCCAUGUUGGAUAUACCGGUGAAUCAGACACCGCAACAACACGAAAUCUAAUUGGUCACAAGUGGACACACAGUAUGAGAAACUUAGGAUUAAUCGUCCGCAAUAUGAGUGUGUGUGUGUGCGCGCCUGCUCACACUUAACUAACCAGCCACUCUUCCUCUCCUCCAAUCACAGCCUCUGCAGCAGGACACUUAACGAGGCGCUCAGAGUUCGUUAAAUAAUUUAUAACACCUCAUCAAUAUUCCAUCUGCUCAGCAGCACGGGGGGGGGGGUAGGUAUAUGUGUUUUGAUGUGAGAGCGCAGAGACGAACCACCCUCAGUCUGUCGGUAACAAGAAGAAGGAGGUUCAGACGAUUCAACGAUCUGUCAAAGCUGCUCUCCGCGCUGCCUGCAGGGACGGCUGGGAAAGUCUAAAGUCAGAGUCUGAACUCCUGACUCUGCUUCUCCCUUUGUGUUUGUGAAAAGAUGAAAAUGUUCGCCGUUUCUGUGGUCGCUCAGAUUUCUGACUCACAUCAACAUAAACACAGAUGACCUCCGGAGGACGCUGCCUCUGCACGGCCCCAGGGCAUGAUGGGAAAAGCUCAUCUGUGCUAAUAUGUGGUUCUCACAGACAGUAAUGAAGAGGUUUAGAGCGACAUUCAGGAGUGACAGAGUGCCAGCAUGGAGCGAGGAUCACAUGACGAGAAUCCACUGAAGUUCUGUAUUCAUGUUUGAACAGAAACAGAGCGAAUCGGAUGAUGAUCGAUCGUCUCCAUGAUUCAGUUUGAAACUCUGUGAAUCCAUCAGAGUUUCCCCUGAUGCUCUGGGAAUCUGUCAUGGCGUGCAUGUUGUUUGGCUAGUGCGAGUGCUCCUUCAGGCUUUAAACAGCAAGUAAAGGAUUAUUCCUCUGAGCUGACCUCAGUUGGUGAUUCAAACAAAGACAGUGUCCUUGGUUCCUUAGUCGUGUUUACGUUCAUUUUGGCGCCAUGCUGUUUCUGUAAAUGUGUUCCUACAUGUCUAUAGUCCGACCAACAGCACACCUGUUCACUUCAGACACUUAGUAAGCCCCACCCCUUCCUCUAGUCCCAUGUUUACCUGGUGGAUCUGUGACCACAUUAUAGAUUAUAUCAGUGCAACAAGUUGAUGUCCAAUCUGAGGAAGAAUGAAAACUGUCCGUGAACAUGCAGGUAUGUGAGAUCGAACACGUUCAGAGACUCUCAGCAGUUCUUCAUAUGAGGGACCAAAACCCCCAAACUCUGACCUCUGACCUCUUUCAUUCAUUUUCUUGCGCUUAUCCGGGUUGCGGGGUAGCAGCUUCAGGAGAGAAGCCCAGACGGCCCUCACCCCAGCCACUUCUACCAGCUCCUCCGGGGGGAUUCCAAGGCACUCCCAGGCCAGGCAAGACAUAUUAUUCCUCCACCUGGUCCUGGGCCGGCCACGAGGUCUCCUCCUGGUGGGACAUGUCCAGAACACCUUUAAUGGGAGGCGUCCUAAAGGCAUCCUAACCAGAUGCCUGAGCCACAUCAACUGACUCCUUUCGAUGUGGAGGGGCAGUGGUUCUAUUCUUAACACCUCCCGAGUGUCCGAGCUCCUUACCCUAUCUUUAAGGCUGAGCCUGGCCACCCUGCGAAGGAAACCAAUUUGGAAUGCUUGUAUCCGCGAUCUUGUUCUUUCGGUCAUUACCCAAAGUUCAUGGCCAUAGGUGAGGGUCAGCAUGUAGAUCAUAGAGGUCGAGAGUCAUUGUGCCUUUUUUCACCAUGACUGAUCGGUUAAGUGUUCGCAUCACUGCUGAUGCCGCUCCGAUCCGCCUGCCGAUCUCCCGCUCCAUCCUACCCUCUCUCGUGAACAAGGUCCCGAGAUACUUGAACUUCUCCACUUGAGGCAGGACCUCCCCUCCAACCCGGAAAAGGUCAUCUACCUCUCUCCGACUGAGGACCAUGGCCUCGGACUUUGAGGUGCUGAUUCGUAUCCCAGCCGCUUCACACUCGGCCGCGAACCGCCUCAGCAAGAGCUGAAGGUCACUGCUUGAUGAAGCUAGAAGAACAACAUCAUCUGCAAAAACCAGCAACGCGAUCCUCUGCCUGCCCAACUGGACACCCUCCACCCCACGGCUGCGCCUAGAAAUUCUGUCCAUUAAGAAUUGGGAACCUCUUUCCAAAGUUCCCAAAUAUCCCUCACACAAAACAUCCUCUCAAACUGAUGAGGUGACACAAGUCUGAAAGUCAGGCGCUAACUCCUGAAUUGCUUUGACGGUCCUGUUCGCCGUCACAUGGACUCAGGUUGCAUGCUCCAUCCUCCAUGUUUCAGCUCUUCUACAAAUCUUGAUCUUUGUUCGAUUUGAACUUGGUCAAACCUCAUUCUUCCCAUUUCUAUGACAACACUUUUUAAAUCAGAGGUGUUUUCACGUUGUGUCGUCGAUUGAGGCUCAAAGGUUUUUCCUCAAAAUCUCCUGAAAAAGUUUCAGUUCAUCUCCACCAAUCAGACAGGGCUCAGGGUUUCUGUCUCUGCCCUCUGUCUAUGUCAUUUCCUGGCUGGUUGCCAUGGCACCAGAGGCAAGGUGUCCCCAUUUCCUGCCCCACUGUGUGUGUGUGUGUGUGUGUGUGUGUGUGUGUGUGUGUGUGUGUGUGUGUGUGUGUGUGUGUGUGUGUGUGAGAGAGAGAGAGAGAGAGAGAGAAAGUCCCCAACAACAACACAGCUGUCUACUUGCAUGAGGAAAGUGUGUGUGUGUGUGUGUGUGUGUGUGUGUGUGUGUGUGUGUGUGUAAACGAGGGAUCUCUUGUCAGCUGCAGAGAAACAGAGAGGUAGAGAGACUUUGAUGCGAUUAUAUUUGUCCCCGAGCUUCGAUCUCCCACACACACACACACACACAGUCAUACUGAUGUUCAAGGGUGUUACUGCUUGCUGCAACAUGAAUUCGACACAGUUACUCCUAAUGAGCCCUUUGUGUCUUUGUGUGCGUGUGUGUGUGUGUGUGUGUAUGUGUGUGUGUGUGUGUGUGUGUGUGUGUGUGUGUGUGUGUGUGUGUGUGUGCAGCUGUUUGACUCCUGCUGAGUUAAACUCGUUAAUGGAUCCUGGUGUUGGUAGGAAGAGUUUUGUUUCUGUUUCUCACAAAAAUCGGAUUAAAAUUACUUCUAAAAACCAUUGACUGACUUUUUGUUUGGGAAUCAUGGAUGCUGCAUCCAAAGACUCUUACCCCUAAUUUUCACGGUAUCCAGAAAGUCUAAUAAAAGGUUGUAUCCUCUGUAUCCUGGAACCAUUUAAGUAAAGGUGUCAAUUUUCACCGGCUUCUUUCCGUUUCUUUGUGGAUCGCCGGACUCCACAGCUGAUCACAAGAGUUCUAUUUUUUCCUGGCGCCACAGAAUGCCGGAUAAAUGCAACACAGAUUAACUCGUGCUGGAAAAAUAAAACAUCCGGCUUCUUUUCAAAAUAAAACACUGUGUUUCAGGCAGAUCGUAUUUUACACCAUGCAAACGGGUGGAGACGAACAAGUGGAAGGUUUGUAGGCAUUAUUUCACCCUGAUGACGCCAUGGACGAGGAGAUGCUGGUUCUAGAAGUCUAGAAGUAGAUUUCCUUUUCUGGAAGGACAAAAUCUACUGCUUAUAUGUCUGUGUGGCUGUCUUUACAGAGACAACUUGUUAUCCCGUUAUUGAACAUGAAUCCAUGGGUUCUUUUGAGUUCUUGAGGAUUCACAUGCAAUUAAUCCGCCAUGAAAUUUACCUCACCAACAGAGCCGGUAGGAAUUGGUAUGGCAAAAUUCUCUGCUAUUCCAGAUGCAGUUUAAAUUGGGGGUAAAGGUCCUCACAGCUCCCAGUCCAGAUCCAGCAUCCCAAAUGGUCUGGGGAUCAUCAGAGUCCAUGUCCUGGGUAUCUUCUUUGCUGUCUCGUUUGCCGUGUCCGAAUAUAAGUCAAGCGCUAAAAUAACUUCAGUAGAUGUAACCAUCUUCUUUCAGGCCUCUGAUAUUUGCUUUUUUCCGACUUGGUAACUGAAACGCUGGGAACUCGGGUGUGACGUUAUUUUCAGCUCCGACAUCUGACUUGAGAGGUAACUCGAACGCACCAUUACCUCAGACCUUCUAAAGGAAAUUAACCAACACUUCCUCUUUGCUUCGCCCCCAGUGCACCAUGGGAUCUGCAGUUCUUGUGAGUCUCCUCCUCAGCCUGGUGACAUCAUCAGUGUGUGCUGGGGUGGGCGGAGCCAGUCAAGGUAAAGACCAAUUUCAGUGGUUUCAGAGUGACUCCAAAUUGCAGAAUUUUUUUUUGUUGGACGGUAGGGGAAGGUCCCGCCUCCUUCGCCUCUGAUUGGCUAGAAGUUCUGGGCUCCGAUUGGUUAUUCCUUAUGGCUCUGAAACGUCAUCAUCUGUCGGGUAGGGUCAGGAGAUUCAGAAUUGUGAUAAUGUUCUGUAAGGUUCUGUUAGAUGUGAUGAUGUUUCACAGCCAAUCAGAGGCAAAGGAGACGGGACCUUCCCCUACCAUCCUCAAAAAAAAAAAAUAUCGCGUCCAGUUCAGGUUCAGUCUGCCGUUCCCUCAGAAGUGAGGAGUAUCUUUGCUGACAAAGAUGGAGGUCAAAGUUCAUCAGCGAUGUGUUGUUGUUGUUGUUGUGUAUCAUAGGUGGCGCCGCGUUGUGUCCUCUGCAGUGUGUGUGUGAGACGAGGCCGUGGUACACUCCUCAGUCUGUGUACCAUCAGGCCCGGACGGUAGACUGUAAUGAACUCCACCUACAGAGAGUCCCAGCCAAUGUCUCCUCAGACACACAGGUGAGCCUCCUUAGAACCGGGCCGCAGGCGUCCUUGUUGGCAUGACUCAGACCCAAAGUCUCUGUCCUAGACGUUUUCCCACCUGAGUCUGGACCUGUCACUCAUCUGUGGUGGUGUUUUAGGUCCUGCUGCUCCAGAGUAACAACAUCUCAUCCAUCACCACGGAGCUGCAGAGUCUGACCAACCUAACAGAACUGGACCUGUCCCAGAACCACUUCACACAGGUACCACACCUGCUCCUUCAGGGUCUUCAGGGUGUGUUUACAUGCUGGUUCCGCUUCACUCUAGGUUCUUCGCUCUCUGUCCAGGUGAGCUCCAUGGGUCUGUCCUCUCUGGGCCGGCUGGUGACUCUGUAUCUGGAGGAGAACCACAUUGAGAAGCUGGAGGACUUCAGCCUUAGGAACCUGUCCAGUCUGGAGGAGCUCUACAUCAACCAUAACCACAUCUCCUCCAUCGGGCCCAAAGCCUUCGCUGGGCUCACCAACCUGCUGAGGUGACCACGGCUGCUUCUUCCUGUUCUCCUUCCUGUUCUUCUUCCUCUUCUUCUUCUUCAUCCAUCCUCUCUUUCUUCCUCCUCUUCAUUUCCAUGAUUUGUUCCACAGUUCUAAGAACUUCCUAAGAACCUUUUAAAGGACUGCUAAGAUCCCCAACAGAACCUCUGAAAACUUUCUCAACAUACAUACAUCCAUUAUUCAUCCAUCCCUUGUUCAUCCAUCCAUCCAUCAUCAUCCAUCCAUCUAUCUAUCAUCCAUUAUUUAUCAUCCAUUCAUCCAUCCAUUAAUCAAUGAUCCAUUCAUCUAUCUAUCAUCCAUCAUUUAUCAUCCAUUCAUCAUCCAUUCAACCAUUGAUCAUCCAUCCGUCAUCCUUCAUUGAUUAUUCAUCCAUCCAUCCUGCAUUUGUCCUUGCAUUAUCAUCCAUCCAUCAUCCAUUCAUCCAUUAUCAAUUAUCCAUCCAUCUAUCCAUCCGUCAUCCAUCCUUCAUCUAACUAUUCAUGCAUCAUCCAUCCAUCUAUUUAUCAUUCAUCCAUUCAUCCAUCAUUUUUCUUUCAUCCAUCCGUAUGUCAUCCAUUAUUCAUCCAUCCUUUAUCCAUCCAUCUGUUAUACAUUUAUCAUCCAUCCAUCAUCCAUUCAUCUAUCAUUCAUCCAUCAUCCAUUGUUCUAUGCAUCCAUCCAUCAUCCAUUCAUCAUCAUCCAUCCAUCCACCAUUCAUCCAUCCAUCUAUUUAUCACACAAAAUUCAUCCAUCCAUUUAUCAUCCAUCUAUCAAUGACCUAUCCAUCCAUCUAUCAUCCAUUAUUAAUCACCAUUUAUCAAUCAUCCAUCCAUCCAUCAUCUAUCAUUCAUCAUCCAUCCAUUCAUCCAUCGAUCCCUUAAACAUCCGUCCAUUUCCAUCCAUCCAUCCCACGUUGGUCCUUUCAUUUUCCAUCCCUCAUUCAUCCAUUAUCCAUCCAUCUAUCCAUCCGUCAUUCAUCAUCUACUAAUCAUCCAACAUCCAUCCAUUAUAAUCCAUCCAUCCAUCACCCAUCCAUCUAUCAUUCCAUCCAUCCAUUCAACUAUCCAACCAUCUAUCAUCCAUUCAUUCAUCCAUCAUUCAUUCAUCCAUCAUCCAUCCAUCUGUCAUCCAUUAUUCAUCCAUCCAUCAUCUAUCCAUCUGUAAUCCAUUUAUAAUCCAUCCAUUCAUCAUCAUCCAUCCAUCCAUCCAUCUAUCAUCUAUUUAUCAUCCAUCCAUCCAUCAUCUAUUCAUUAUCCAUCCAUCCUCUAUUUAUCAUCCAUCCAUCUAUUCAUCAUCCAUCCAUCCAUGUAUCCAUCUAUCAUCCAUUCAUCCAUCCAUUCAACUAUCUAACCAUCCAUCAUCCAUUAUUCAUCCAUCCAUUAACCAUCCAUCUGUAAUCCAUUUAUCAUCCAUCCAUCCAUCAUUCAUCCAUCAUACAUUGUUCUAUGCAUCCAUCCAUUCAACUAUCCAACCAUUCAUCAUCCAUUCAUUGAAUGGAUGGAUGAUGGACGACAGAUGGAUGGAUAGAUAGAUAGAUGGAUGGAUAGAUGAUGGAUGGAGGAAUGAGGAAUGGAUGGAUGGAUGAAUCAAUGGAUGAUGGAUGGAUGGAUGGAGUCCAGUGCAGCAUCCAUCCAUCAUCAUCCAGCCAUCCAUCAUUCAUCCAUCCAUUUAUUUAUCAUCCAUCAUUCAUCCAUCCAUUUAUCAUCCAUUCAUUUAUCAUCCAUGUAUCAUCAGCUAUCCAUCCAUCUAUUAUCCAUCAGUAAUCACCCAUUCAUCAAUCAUCCAUUCAUCCAUCAUCUAUCAUUCAUCAUCCAUCCAUUCAUCCAUCAAUCCCUUAUACAUCCAUCCAUCUUCAUCCGUCCAUCUUCAUCCAUCCAUCAUCAUCUAUCCCAUCCAUCCAUCCAUUCUCAAUUCAUUCAUCCAUUCAUCCUUCAUCCAUCUAUUCGCCAUUAAUUAUUCAUCCCUCCAUCCAUCAUCCAUCUAUUCAUCCAUCCAUCCAUCAUCCAUCUAUUGGUUGGUUCACAGAGUUAUCUUCUUCACCUUGUUUCCGGCGAGAUCGUUCUCCAAAGUCUUUGGCUGUGUCCGAAAUGAAUCACUCAAUCCCUAACCCCUAACCCCCAUAUGGGAUUUUACUAUAUAGUUGACUAUGUAGUGAACUCAAUUACCGGAGGUUUCGGAAACUACAUGGCAUGACGCAAUGCAUGAUGGGAUACCCACCACCAGUGAGUGACCAUCGGAUGGUCACUACAUUUUGCAAUGCUUUACCGGAAAUUUUGAGUCGCCUAUAUAGGGCACUGGAAUUGAUUACAGAGAUUUCAGACACUCCUCAUAAUGGCGCUAACCCCCAUGCAGUCACCUAUAUAGGGGUUAGGGAUCUAUUUCGGACACGGCCUUUGUUUUUUUUUCUGUCGUUGUCAUUAAUUACCCAUGAUGCAUUGCAGUCUGUGAUAAAGGGAGUAAGUCUUGGGUUUUGCUGCCCUCUGCUCGGUCUUGCAGGCUCCACCUAAACUCCAACCGGCUCGUGGCCAUCGACAGUCGGUGGUUUGAGUCCUUGCCAUCCCUGGAGAUCCUGAUGAUUGGGGAGAACCCCAUCCUGGGUCUGGAGGAGAAGAACUUCCUGCCCUUGUCCCGCCUCCACAGCCUGGUGUUGGCCGGGAUGGGACUGGCCUCUGUCCCCUCUGCAGCCUUCCUGGGACUUGACUACCUGGAGAGCCUUAGUUUCUAUGACAACCGUCUCAGGUUGGUUGGAGGGUGAUGACAGGUUCAACCCCUUCUCUCGGAGUGCUUUGGCUCUGGACUGAUUUUAUUGUUUCUCCCUCACAGGUCGGUUCCUCGAGACGCCCUGAGUGUGCUCCCUAAUCUGAAGUUCCUGGACCUGAACAGGAACCCCAUCAGCCAAGUCCAGCAGGGAGAUUUCCAGAACCUUCAGCACCUAGAGGAGCUCAGGUAAGAACUGAAAUAGAUCCGGAUCAGGAGCUUUUAGGUUUGAGGAAUUUAUUUCAGAUUGCCUGGCUGAGUUUGAAAAGUCUUCAAAAACAGUAACUGUGAAAUUCUUUAAUCAUUGAUCUGAUCAGAGGAGUUCCUGGGAUAUGGCCGUCUGAGUCUCAAAGUCUCUUUUCAAAUUAAAAGCCUUUUAAAAACCCUUCGAAAAGUCAGAUCGUAGUUGAUCGGAACCAUUCAAGUUAACGUGUCACUUUCCACCAGCUUCUUUCCGUUCCUCUGUGGAUCACCGGACUCCUCAGCUGAUCGCAAGAGUUCUAUUUUUUGCAGAUGCUGCAGCAUGCCAGAUAAAUGCAGCACAGAUUAACCCGUGCUGGAAAGGAAGUCAGGCACAUACACAAAAUAAAGCAUCCAGCUUCGUUUCAAAAUAAAACACUGUGUUUCAGGAGGAUCGUAUUUCACACCAUGUAAACUGGCGGAGACGAACAAGUGAAAGGUUUUUAGACGUCAUUUCACCCCGAUGACACCAUGGAUGAGGAGAUGCUGAUUUCAGAAGUAGAUUUCCUCCUCUGGAAGGACACAAUCUCCUGCUUAUAUGUCUUUGUGGCUGUCUUUAUAGAGACAACUUGUUACCGCGCGAUUGAGCAUGAAUCCGCGGGUUCUUUAGAGUUCUCAGGAUUGCCACUGUCCGUAAUCCGCCCCAAAUUUGUCUGGACUGGUGCCGUUCCGGACAUGGUGGAAAUCCUGGAUGAGGCUUCUUUGUUUAGUAAUUUCUGUUCUGUCCUCAUACAGAGCGUUACUGUGAAAAAGAGCAGACUCCUCCUUUAUUGUUUUUUUUUUUAUUAUUUCAUAUAUGUGCUUUGUUGUUUGUGUAUUUUGUGUUACUUCUUGGUUCUUGUUAUCUGUUUAUUCUUUACUUUCUCUUUUGUGUCAUUUAUUUGUUAUUGAUUUGUUUAUUUUGUUUUGUUAUUGUUGGCUUUGUUUUGUUUUCCAUGGAUUUAUGUAUUUCUACGUAUCUGUAUUUGAGGAACCCCUCGAAAACGAGAUGGUUCAUCUCAAGAGGUUAUUCCCAAUAAAGAAUUUCAAGAUUAAGUAUUCUUGAAUAAUUAACUCUGAUAUCGCAAUAAUGUAAAUAUAUGUAGAGUUGGGCAGUAUGAACAAAAUCUUAUAUCACAGUAUAAGUAAUUUCAUAUCACAGUAACAGUUUAUAUCACGGUACGUUUUUUCCUCCUGUAAAUUUAGUUAAUGACUUAACAAUAACCAUACUGUCUCAUUUGUUCAUUUUCCUUUUAUUUUUAAACUCUGAUUUUUAUACAAAUACAGACAAAAUGUCAGAUCAGUCUGGUGAUUUUUUAUCAUAUGGCGUAUCUUUGGUGAAAGACUCUGCCAAACUCUUGAGUAUGAGAGGAGCUGCUACAGUUUUAGUUUUUGGUGCAGCACGUGCGUCACGCAUCUUUUUGCUCUCAUAAUAGAGCUUGGCGUGUUUCAUCUUUAUAUGGUGGAAGAGGUUGUUGGUGUUUCUUUUUCCAGCAACGACAGCCACACGACAUUCUUUGUAUAGUUUUGUUUUUUGAUCAUUGUCGGAUUUUCUACAUCCAAAGAAUCUCCAGACAACCGAUGUUGUGACUCGCGCCCUUUUUCGGAACUAGUUCCUCCUCCUCUUCCUCGUGUUGGGUGGGUCAGGCUACCUCCAUUUGCUCGGAACUGCCACUAUUCUCCGCGUCCGCCAUGACCACCACCAGUGAAGCGGUUUGUUCUUCGUUGAAACUAUGCCAAGCAGUCUGCUGGACACGCCGGUGAUUAUAGGGAGCGCACCCAAACCUGACCAAUUAAACAGAGCGAACAAACUCCGCAGGACACGCUGACUCAGUGAGAUGCAGCAGACCUCUGCACUCUCUCUCUCUCCGGUAUAAACAAUAGAUGGAUGAUAAAUUUCUACCAGUAGACACUUUUAUACCGUCACACGAUAUAUACUGCCCAACUCUAUUUGUAUGUAAAGGUGACGUUUGUGUCACAUUUACUUUUUUAAUAUACUGUGUAUAAAACCGUCUGUAUCUAUUUUAUUUAUUUCUAUAUAUAAUCAUUAACUUUUUUCUAUUUAAUAAUUUAUUUAAAAAUAUUUAUGUUUUUAUCGAUCUGUUAGUUUGUUUUAUCAUUUAUAUACUGAUUGAUGUUAAUUUUCUAAUCGUAUUCAUUCGUAUUCAUUUUUAUAUCAUUUUUCUGAAAUGGAUCGAUGUCAGAGAUUCGCCCCAAACCUCAAGGUUUGUUCGGGUCAGUCUUGGUUCUGCCGAGUUUCGAGUCCCUCUGUAUUUUUGUUUACAGUCUGAACAACAUGGAGGAUCUGCUGAUGGUGGAGCGAGCAGCUUUCCAAAACCUUCCAGAAAUGGCCAAAUUGGAGCUCUGCAGUAACCCCCGACUGUCCUACAUUGACCCGCAGGCCUUCAGGUGAGAGAAGACCGAACCAUGACCCAACAGAACCAAAGGAAAGUUAUUAAAGAAGGAAAAUUUACACACUCGUGUUCCCUUCUUUCCUUCUUUUCUCUCCUUUUUUUAUUUCUCCUCUUCUUCUACAUGUCCUACUCUUCCUUGUUUCCUUCUCCCUCUUCUUUCCUCUCCUUUUGUCCCUCUUCUUUCCUUGUUUCCUCUCCCCUUGUUUCCUCCUCUCUUCUUCUUCUUUCCUCCUCUCCCCUUCUUUCCACCUCUCUCCUUCCCUCACCUCCUCUCCCCUUCUUUCCAUCUCUAUCCUUCCCUCGCCCCCUUUCCCCUUCUUUCCUCCCCUCUCCUUCUUUUCUCCUUUCUCCUUUCCUUGCCUCCUCUCCCCUAAUUCUUCUGUCUCCUCUCCCCUUCUUUCCGCCUCCCCCCUUCUUCCCUCCUCUCCCCUUCUUUUUCCUCCUCUCUUCUUCCCUUACCUCCUUUGCCCUUCUUUCCUUCCCUCUCCUUCUUCUUUCCUCCUCUCUCCUUCCCUUGCCUCCUCUCCCUUUAUUUCCUCCUCUGUCCUUCCCUCUUCUUGCUCUCUCCCCUUCCCUUGCCCCCGCAUCUUUUCUCCUCUCCUCUUUUUUCCUCCUCUCUCCUUUUUCUGUUCCCUCUCUCCUUCCCUUGCCCCCUUCCCUUCUUUCCUCCCCUCUUUUUCUUCUGUUCACUGUCCCCUUCUUUCCUCCUUUCCCUUUCUUUCCUCCCCUCUUCUUCUUCUGUUUCCUCUCUCCUUCCCUUUCCUCCUCUCUCCUUCCCUUGCCUCCUCUCCCCUUCUUUCCUCUCCUAUCUCCUUCCCUUGCCUCCUCUCCCUUUCUCCUUUCCUCCUCUCCCCUUCUUUCCUUUCCUCUUCUUUCCUGGCCUCCUCCUCUCCCCCCUCAGUGACCUGUCCUCCCUCAGGACGCUCCUCCUCCACAGUAACCAGCUGGGCCUCCUCUCCGGGGACCUCCUCUCAUCCCUGCCGUCUUUGGAGGAGGUGUCUCUGCACUCAAACCCUCUCAGGUGUGACUGUCUCUCCUCCUGGGGGCCUCACCUAGGGAACCAGUCUCACCUGAAGCUGCUGGAGUCUUCCAUCACCCUCUGUUCCUCCCCCCCUCACCUGGUUGGCCGGGAGCUGCAGGAAGUGGUGGCGUUGGGGUGGGGUGGGGGCGGAGCUAACAGCUGCCUGCCUCACAUUUCUCCUCACACUUUCCCGCCCACCAUGAAUAUCAGCGCCGGGGAACCAAUCACACUGGAGUGCUGGGCGGAUGCUGACCCCGCCCCUCAGUUCUACUGGGUGACGCCCACAGGAGACAAGGUGGGCAGAGUCAGAGUGUGCACACUGUGUGAUUAUAAUGAAGGUAGAGUUAAGGUGAGAGCGGAGAGCACCCUGGUGGUGGGUUGGGGGAAGUGUGAGGAAUGAAACGAUAGAAGCCGCCCCCUUACCGCCAUUUUGACGCCUCUGAAAAUACUGAUCAUGUUUUUUCUCCCAGGUGAGCUCAGAGGCUGUUGCUGCACCAAUCAUAUCAGAGCAGGGGCGUGGCCUGAGCAGGAAGAAGAAGAAAAAGCACCGUAUGUCCGAGCCUGGAGCUCUGGUGAUUGAACACGCCGAGCCGUCAGAUUCAGGUCAGUGAGGUCAUACCUACUCAUGCUGAUGUCACAUAAUAAUGGCGCCAUCUAUAGGACCGACCUGGGACUGAACUCUCACACAUGACAUCUGUGUAUUACAAGGAUAUAACUCCACCCACUAACCACUGAACACCUCUGUACCCGCCGUCUGUCCUCCAAACUCUCUCAUUGUCAGGUGUGUACACCUGCGUGGCGUGGAACAUGGAGGGAGCCGACACGAAGAGCGUCUCGGUGUUCGUGGACUCAAAGGCUUCAGGAGGCUCAUGGUCAGGCGGCGGGGGGAGCUGGUGGGGCGCCGACCCCAGCAGAGAGCAGCCGUGGGAGAACUCGUCUGCUGCCUCUCUGGUAGUGACGGCAAAGGUGAGCAGUUACCUGCAGCCCUGCCCAUCUGUGUGUGGGCGGGGCUAAACACAGUUACAGUCCAAUCACAAGGGUCUUUGUUCAGACCGCCACCGCUAAGAUGGAGGUUUCUGCUCCCUGUGCAGGUGGUGCACGCUGAGUCGGUAGUGUUGGAGUGGAAGUUGUAUCCCAGUCGAGGACCUUCACCUGUGGGUCAGAACCACCAGGACGCCGCCGUCCCUCUGACCCGAUGGACCAGCGCCACCGUUCACAUCGAUAACCCUCAGAUCAGCUACACUGCCAAGGUGAGCUCAUUCAUCUGACCACACCUGUUAAUAACCUCCACCCUGACCACUGAUCCCAGAGUCAGAACAAGACCAGGACACAGACACUGAGUUUUUUUACUUUCUGAAUAAAAGGUUUUCAUUUUUUCAUGUACUAAUUUUUCAUUUUCUCAUUUUUCAUUUUUUCAUCUUCAUUUUUUAAUGUUUUCAUUUUUUAAUCUUCUAAUUUUCUCCAAUUUCUCAUAUUUCAUUUUCUCAUUAUCUUAUUUUAUCAUUUAAAAUUUUCUCAUCUUCUCACUUUCUUAUUUCUUAAUUUUCUCUUUUUUCAUUAUCUCGUUUUUUCUCCCACAAAUAAGCCCGCCCCCUCGCUCUCUCUCUUGCAGGUCCCUGCAGACGUUCAGGAAUAUAACCUGACUCACCUCCUUCCUGCCACAGAAUACCAUGUCUGCCUCACCGUCUCCUCCUCUCCUCCCUCCUUCACUUCCCCUUCCUCCUCUCCCAGCUCUUCUCCAACCUCCAUCUCUUCCUCCUCUUCCUCCCCUUCCUCCCCUGUCCACACCUCCUGUUUGAACGUCACCACAAAGGAGGCAGGCUUUUCUGUGGAGAUGGUGGCAUCCCGGCGCAGCAGCGUGGCGCUGGCGGCGGUCAUGGGCUCCAUGUUCGCUCUGUCCAUCAUGGCGCUGCUGGUGGUCUACAUGGGCCGCCGUGUGCAGCAGCACAAGUCCUGCGGCCACUCGCUGAAGAAGUACAUGCAGCAUGCCACCUCCAUCCCGCUGAACGAGCUGUACCCGCCGCUCAUCACGCUGUGGGAGAGCGAGGCCGAGAAGGACAAGGACGACAAGGAGGAGGAGGAGAGGGAGGUGGGGGAGAGGGAGGAGGAGGCAGGGGGGAGUCAGAUUGACACCACAAAGACAUACAUGUGGUAG